AUGGUUCUCAACUACCGAAUAGCAUAUGAUGACGGAAGAGUAGAACUCUUGAUCUGCGUUCACGGCCUGCUACCAAUCUCCUUCAGAGGCGCUUCGUACAACAUCCCGAUUGCUGUAUGGCUACCUCAAGAUUAUCCGAAAUCACCCCCAAUGGUUUAUGUUGUCCCGACGAGUGAUAUGCUGGUCAAGGCAAGCAAGGCUGUAGACCCCAGCGGCCGAUGUACAUUUCCGUAUAUGGAAGCAUGGGAGCGAAAAAGCGAGGGUUGCAACCUCAGAGAGCUUUUGGACAUUAUGCAAGAACAUUUCUCUCGCGAGCCUCCGCUCUAUGCCAAGCCCAGCAAGGCUACCACUCCAGUUAUAUCCCAGCAACCUAUCGUACAGCAACCUACGCGGACAACGUCGCAUCCUACGCCGCCCCCACGGCCAACUUCUCAAUACGGGGACGCUCCCGCACGGCCUGUCUCAGUAGCUGAGAGCGGCGGUAGCAUGUCUCCCUAUCGAUCACCACCGCCCAUCCCUCCAGUGGCCGGCUUCUCACCUCCUGCACCUCCGCGUACACUAACACCUCAACAACAUGGGCGAAAUGCAUCGUUGGGCCAUAUUCCCCAACCAAUAUCUCCUCCACCUCGUCCAUAUGAGCCUACGCAGCGCAUCGUGCCUGGUCCUGUCUCACGCCAGUCUUUGCCCUCGGUUGCCUCACCACUGCCACCUCCCGCACAUAUCCUACCGCAACAGGCCUGGCAGCCUAAUGUCUCGCCUCCACCGGCUCCACCCCAUAAUGUGGCUCCUAUCUCUCCACCUUUGUCCCAAGGAUCACUACCACCACAAGUCUCAUAUCAAAGUACAGAUAUUGCCCCACAAUACGUCUCACCCCCUGUCCUUGCGCCCUCGAUGAUCCCUAAUCCUGUGAUGGCUCCGGUACCUCCGAUUGUGACACCAAUUCGGAACCUCAUGGACGAGGACGAUGCGCCAGCACCAGUCCAGCAUCAAGCACCUGCGCCACCGGUGAUCGAAGCCGCUGCACCCCCGCGGCCAAUAAACCCUCAAAUAUUGAGUCUGCAUGCACAAGUACAUGAUAAACUUACCCAAGAGUUGAACAAGUUUACAACAUCAAUCGCACAAGACUCAGGAGGACCGAGAGCUGCCCAGAAUGACUUGCUCGCUGGUGAGCCUGCGAUCAAGGAUGAAAUGGCACGUUUGCAGUCUGUGAGAAAUGUCUGUAGGACGGUUGCCGGACGACUCGCCGGCACCGUUCAGGCGGCUGAGAGCGCAGUGACCGAGCUGAAGCGGAAAGGCGAUCCAGAAGUGGACGAGAUCGUUUGCGCUACUAAUAUUGUGCAUAACCAGCUCAUCAAUCUCAUUGCCGAAGACCAUGCUAUUGAGGAUACACUUUAUCACCUAUCCCGAGCCUUGAACAAUGGACGCCUUGACCUCGACAAAUUCUUAAAGACGACUACACGGCUUGCCGAAGAGCAGUUUAUGAAACGUGCACUGAUCGAAAAGAUUGUAACUCAGAUGCCGAUAGGCAUGCGUAUGCUCUGA